AGUAUCGAACGCGAAUGGGAUAUUGUCGUGUACGCCAUAUUGCAGCGAAUUCUUUAAACUCGGGGGUGUUUAAAUUAUCGACACAAUGUGUAAGGUGUUUUUACGGUGUUAUGUUACAAUUAACGAAAUACCGUGAAUUAUGUUGUUAUAAUAUUAUUUGUCUCAUGAAUUCUUCUUUGGAUAAUCGUUUCGAUCACUCCCGCUUCUACCUGUGCCUGUGUGUUACCGUCAGCUAAGGAAUAAUGCACACUCCCGACGGUACUCUAGAAAGGGGUCAGGCACCAUCAAUGUAUUCACUUCCUGUUCAUACUCAAGUUUUAUCCGAUGAAGACAUAGCUCUACCUCAAGUUGUUUCGUUGCCUAAUAAGGAUCAAUUUAAUAAUUAUACGGAUAGUGUUCCUAUAAAAGAUGAAUUCUCUCUGCCGAAGAUAACAAAUGAUUACGCAGUUAAUAUACCCGCAGUUUGUCAGGAUAGUUCCCCUGAUACACCUCAACCUGCAUAUGAUCUCAAACAAGGAUGGAUGAACGGCAUUUUCGGCUGCUUAAGACCGGUGUUGUCCAUCAUAGGAAAAGGAGUGGUUGAAAAUAAAAACAAUCAAGAUGAUUGGGAAAUCCCUUUCGAGCAAAUAACAGAUCUCAAAUUUCUGGGUUCCGGAGGCCAAGGAGCAGUUUUUUCAGGAAUGCUCAACAAUGUACAAGUAGCAGUUAAAAAAGUGUCAGAACUUAAAGACACCGACAUACGAAACCUCAGAAAAUUAAAUCACCCGAAUAUUGUUAAAUUUAAGGGGGUUUGUACGCAAGAAACCUCAUGUUACUGUAUUGUGAUGGAAUUUUGUCCUUACGGACCUCUCUUUGAUUUGCUCAAAAAUCAGAAAAAUAGCGUAACAAUAAAUAGGGUAGUUUCUUGGGCGAAGCAAAUUGCAAAUGGAAUGCAUUAUCUACAUAGCCACAAGAUUAUACAUCGAGAUUUAAAAAGUCCUAACGUGUUGAUAGGAGAGGGAGAAGUUAUCAAAAUAAGUGAUUUCGGUACUUCACGAACUUGGAAUGGCGUCAGUGAAAAGAUGACUUUCGCAGGAACCGUGGCUUGGAUGGCUCCGGAAGCUAUUCAAGAGUUAGCUUGCAGCGAAAAAGUAGAUAUCUGGUCGUUCGGCGUCGUUCUUUGGGAAUUGAUCACUUGCGAAGUGCCGUACGAUGGGAUGAACAACGGUGCCAUUAUGUAUUCAGUAGGUUCAGGUAAAUUAAUCCCGCCUAUACCAUCUACGUGUCCGGACGGAUUCAAAUUGAUCAUGCAGAUGUGUUGGAAAUUCAAUCCGAGAGAAAGACCGAAUUUUAAAUUAAUCUGUAAUCAUUUAGAAAUAGCUUCCGUUGAUAUAUUAUCAAAAUAUGAAGAUAAGACGUUCUUUGAAACACAGGAAAGUUGGAAACAAGAAAUUAGAACGCAAAUUUAUUUGUUCUGCGAAAAAUUACAGAAACACAAAAUAGAGUACCAGCUCAAGGAAGAACAACUCAUUGAAAAAAGAGAACUCGAACUGAAACAUAUUAAAGAUAUAAGAGAAGUAUAUGAUAGAAGACUUGAAAAAGUUAACCAAAUGUUAGUAGAAUUAGCUUCUAAAAUGCAGCAAUUUGAAAGACAACGACCUGGUGCUAGACAAAGAAAGAUAUUAUCGAGAUUUAAUAAAACAAGAAGAAGACCAGGAAAUCAAAGUACAACUCCUACUAGUCCUGAAUGUAGUUUAACUAGUCCAGAUAGUCCGCAACUUGUUUCUAUAAAAGCACCAGAUUACAGAAGACUAAGACCAGAACCGGAAUUCGUAACUCAUUCUACACAAACUUCGGUAACAUCACGUAAAAGACAUCAAAGAACAAACUCAAAUUCACCGCGAAGUUCCAGAUGUUCGAGAUCAUCCAGUUCGAGAAUGUCUAUAGUUGUCGACGCCGAAACUCAAACAGAUUCCAUGGACGUUAGUGAAACCGAUCUAAGUCCCAUGACAUGUUGUCCUACGAGUAACUGUGGUAGCACUACCAUAUAUCCACAAAGGGUUAUCUUGGAAGAGUUUCAGAGCUCCACAAAAGAUGAAGCGUCCAACGGAAACUGCGUGCAAUUGCAUUAUAUAACACCUCAUCUAGAAUCAGUACAACGAUUUACCAGAAGAGAUUCCCGAAUACCUAGUCCAGUUAUUUUCGAAUGUGAAGAUACCGUUAAUAGAAAUAUCGAUCCACAAUUGUCGAGCGAAGAGGACAAUCUCGAAACGAUAGGCCGGAAAGUGUCAGCAAUAAAAAUCGAUACGAUAUUCUCCCCCGAAAAUGGUAACAUUUCCACAAGUCUCGUGGAUAUCAUGAGGCAGCGAAGUUUUUCGGAAACGAGAGACGAUUUAGAUAGUACUGAAGAUGCAGCUAACGAAGAUAGUGUUACAGAUGAAGAGGGAGAGGUUUAUAAUCAAUCAUUGAAAAGAAAAAGUUCUGCAAGGAGGCCAAUAUAUCCAGGAAGGAGGUCCAACCGACACAAAGUCAACUUCAUCUUUCAAAGAGAACAAAACGCGUCCGAUGAAGGGAACACAUCGGAAUAUUCGAUAUCACCAUCAAGCAAGUCUUCGACGCUGGAAUCAAACCCGGACCGGGUAAGACGCCUGUCUAAUCUGUCAAUCAAACGACCCAGCGACAGUUUAGACAGGUCAUCCGAUAGUGAAUCUGAAGAUAAUAUUACGGUUGCAACAGAGAUAGCAUUUACUUUGAACAAAACUGAACAUGUAGUCUGAAUAAAAAAAGCGUGAAUGUGAUUUUAGUUUGUAAGUUGACGAUCUUAGUUUUAAAAUUUCUUUGGGGAUCUGUAAUAAGUACGAAAGCACGGAAAAGUUUUAUAAUGUAUAUUGUUUUUUUUUUCGUUUUUUCUUAAUUCGUUAUUUUUAUUGUUGAUAUACAUUGUUUUUAAUGGUUCUGGGUUCUUGUUUUAAGUAUUGUGUAUUGUUUUAACUAUUCCAACUUUCAAAGAAAA